UUCGCUUCUCAGCCGAGUCCCACUCCAGCCUGGAGCAGCUCUCAGUGCCGUCCGGGCUGAAAGCAUCGGAGCUAUUUCAGACACAUUAAAAGGAUCGCAGUCAAUACCUCAGCUGGUAGAAGAAGGUACCUCUUUCAGCAUCGAAAGGAGGUGCACAUACUCGCCUGACGGUUUGGAGCUUUUCUUAUAUAAGUAAAUAAGGAUAAGCCUCUGUCUUAAAAAUGUCAAAACAGCCAGCGUCACAUGUCAAAGCCAUUCAGGCUAAUAUUAACAUCCCAAUGGGAGCAUUUCGACCUGGUGCAGGCCACCCUCAUAAAAGAAAAGAACUUACACCCGAAGAAGUGGAGGAGAGUGUUCCUGCUUCGACAGAGGAGGAGAAAGACAAGAAACAUCUCCCAGGAGCUAAGAAACUCCCAGGUCCUGCUGUCAACUUGUCAGAGAUUCAGAACAUAAAGAGUGAGCUGAAAUUUGUCCCCAAAGCUGAACAGUAGCUGGAACAAGCAGGUCUGACAAGAGAAACCGAACGGAUUCCAAUGAAUGGAGAUAAUUUGAAAUAUUUUAUACAUUUGUAUGAAGACUAUGAACUUCCUAACUCCGCAGUACCCCAUAGGAAGCGUCUUCUUUCUACAUUUAUGUCAACACUUUCUUGUUGCCCAUUUUGCUUAACAUAGGAAAGUACUGCUGAAAUCAAACAGACCACGGCAGCUAGCAAUGAAGUGGUAUAUAUUCAGCAAUGAUUUUGACCUGAGAAUGGGGAAUAGUGUAAUUUGAAAUCUGAGCAAAAGUAGAAUAAAUACUUUUUUUUUUAAAAAAAGAAAAUAAUUCUUUGCAAUUAAUUUGGCUUCUUUCCUUUUGAAAAAAAAAUCAAUAUGAACAAAAGAGGUUUAAAAUGAUUUGACAAAUGCAGAAUAAAUGAGGAAUGUAACAUCUAAUUUCCUGUUGUGUACUCCUGGUUAUAGAAAAGGAAUUGUGUAUCCUGUAAUAAAGGAAAUGAAAAUAUUAAAAGGGAUGGUCUUUCUGGUGAGUUUAGCUAAAUUCUUCUUUUGUUGUAGAGCCAAAGUAUUUCUUUUUCUUGAGAAUCUAAAAUGCACUGGUGUUCUGAUAUUUAUGCAUCACCUUUACUUUAUACAAUGCGAAUACAAAAUGUGAGCUAGCUGACAGAAAACCUGCAACCUUUAUUCAAAUAAACAGGUCAUCCAGCUUUGAUGGAACAUGCUCCUGAAUAUAGGUGAAGGAUCACUAUCUUCAAAAGCCCAAAUAAAAAGGGAACAUUGAAAUACUGAUGCUGGGCAAAAAUCAUGUACGAUCACACCAACUGUUACAUACGAUGAUUAAUCCCUGACACUUCUUUUAUAUGGACUGUACAUAAAUGAAGACUGUUCGAUGCAUAUUCUAUUUUUGGAAAUGAGAUCUUAUUGUUAGAGAAAUUUAAUACACUGUGUCUCCUUGGUCUCUCUUGUGUUAUUUAAUGUGAAGGGAUAAGAGGAGCUGUUUUGUAAUAAUACUCUUCUGCCGUUGAUUGAAACUAUUCUACAUGCUCUGAAACUCUCUGCCUGGCUCUUGUUUAUUCAAUUAAAAUAAAGAUAAUUAUUCUGGUUAGAAAA